AUGAACGUAUUUCAGAAUGAGUCUAUUGUUAUUCAAUUCAUUGAAACAGUUAUUGAUAGAUAUAAACAAGGAAAUCAAAGAGAUAAAAUAUUAUUUAUUGGAGAAAUUAUUUCAAUAAUAUUGAGUUUAUUUUAUUUAGUAUAUGCUAUUUUAUUACCAAUUUUACAAGACUUAUAUUAUCAUGACUUUUAUUUUAAUGAAUGUGCAUUUAUUGUUGUUGCAACAAUAACUGGUUUAAUAUUUGCUAGUAUUAGAUUAAUUGCAACGUCAUUAGAUAAUAAAAUGUUAGGAAUUAAAUGUAGUUUUAUUCCAAUUAUUCUUUACUUAAUGGUAGCAUUAUUAUCAAUUAAUUCUCAACGAUAUAUAACUAGUCAUGGAUUAAUAUCACCAAAUAAUUUAGUUCAAGUUGAAUUUAAACAUCAUUGUUGUGGAUGGUUAGCAUCAAAUGUUGAUAAUUGUGGUGCUAUUCCAAAGACAAGCACAACAUGUUUUGAAAGAUUAGUUCAUCCAUUAAACUCAUUUUUUAAACACAAUGCAAUACGGUGUAGUUUUCUCUGUGUUUUUGAAAUGAUAAUUGCGUUAUGUAUGUAUUUUUUUACUAAAGAUGACUUUAUUGAAAGCCAAUAUGAAUGGACUGAUUAG